GCGAGCGGAGGGCGGGCAGCCGCCGCCGCCAUUUCCUCGGUCGGCGCAGAGUUCGUGGGUUUGAAUUUAUUUUGUUUUCAGUCUCCGAGUUUCGGCCGCUGGACAUUAUUGACGGGCAUCGCCGCCGCCGCUGCUUCUGGCUGAGCCCGUGAUUGACCGGUGUCGGUGCGGGUGUCGCGGCCGAGGGGUCGGGCCGGGCUCCGUCUGCAGAAAUGUACAUUAAACAGGUAAUUAUCCAGGGUUUCCGCAGCUACAGGGAUCAAACCAUUGUUGAUCCUUUUAGCUCCAAGCAUAACGUUAUAGUUGGUCGAAAUGGAUCUGGAAAAAGUAACUUCUUUUAUGCUAUUCAGUUUGUACUUAGCGAUGAGUUCAGCCACCUUCGUCCAGAGCAGAGACUUGCUCUGCUGCAUGAAGGAACUGGACCUCGUGUUAUUUCUGCAUUUGUUGAAAUAAUAUUUGACAAUUCAGACAACAGGUUACCUAUUGACAAAGAAGAGGUUUCUCUUCGUCGUGUCAUUGGAGCAAAGAAGGAUCAGUAUUUUCUGGACAAGAAAAUGGUGACGAAAAAUGAUGUGAUGAAUCUUUUGGAGAGUGCUGGGUUUUCCAGAAGCAAUCCUUACUAUAUUGUCAAGCAAGGAAAGAUUAAUCAAAUGGCAACAGCUCCAGACUCUCAACGAUUGAAACUUUUGAGGGAAGUUGCUGGUACAAGGGUAUAUGAUGAACGUAAAGAAGAGAGUAUCAAUCUUAUGAAGGAAACUGAGGGUAAAAGAGAAAAGAUUAAUGAAUUGUUGAAAUACAUUGAGGAGCGUCUGCAUACACUAGAAGAUGAAAAGGAAGAAUUGGCACAAUAUCAGAAAUGGGAUAAGAUGAGAAGAGCACUGGAAUAUACUAUUUACAAUCAGGAGCUGAAUGAGACUCGUGCCAAACUUGAUGAGCUUUCUGCAAAACGAGAGACUAGUGGUGAGAAGUCAAGGCAACUGCGUGAUGCACAGCAAGAAGCUAGAGAUAAAAUGGAGGAUAUUGAGAGGGUGGCACGUGAACUGAGAGCAAAAAUCUCAUCAAUGAAGGAAGAAAAAGAGCAACUAACUCAUGAAAGACAAGAACAGAUUAAACAAAGGACUAAACUCGAAUUAAGGGCGAAGGAUCUGCAGGAUGAAAUGGCUGGGAACAGUGAACAAAGGAAACGUCUUUUGAAAGAAAGGCAAAAGUUGCUAGAGAAAAUAGAAGAGAAGCAAAAAGAACUUGCAGAAACAGAACCAAAAUUUAGUGCUGUUAAAGAAAAAGAAGAAAAUGGGAUAGCAAGGUUGGCACAGGCCACCCAGGAAAGAACAGACUUGUAUGCUAAGCAGGGUCGAGGAAGUCAGUUUACAUCAAAAGAGGAGAGAGAUAAAUGGAUCAAGAAAGAGCUGAAGUCACUUGAUCAAGCUAUCAAUGACAAAAAACGGCAAAUUGCUGCAAUUACCAAAGACCUGGAGGAUACAGAAGCCAAUAAAGAGAAAAAUUUAGAACAGUACAGUAAACUUGAUCAAGAUCUGGCUGAAAUGAAAUCGCGAGUGGAAGAGCUUGACAAGAAAUACUAUGAAGUGAAAAACAGAAAGGAUGAGCUGCAAAGUGAGAGGAACUACCUAUGGCGCGAAGAAAAUGCUGAGCAGCAAGCAUUGGCAGCAAAACGAGAAGAAUUGGAAAAGAAACAGCAGCUACUUCGAGGUGCAACAGGAAAAGCAAUUUUGAAUGGUAUUGAUAGCAUAAACAAAGUCUUAGAGCACUUUGGUCGUAAAGGUAUCAACACGCAUGUCAUAAACGGCUAUCAUGGGAUUGUAAUGAAUAACUUUGAAUGCGAUCCGGCUUUUUAUACCUGUGUGGAAGUUACUGCUGGAAACCGAUUGUUUUAUCACAUUGUGGAGUCUGAUGAAGUUAGUACAAAGAUUUUGAUGGAAUUUAAUAAACAGAAUUUUCCUGGUGAAGUCACUUUUCUUCCCCUCAACAAGCUGGAUGUUCGAGAUACAGCGUAUCCUGAAACUAAUGAUGCUAUUCCUAUGAUAAGUAAACUGAGGUAUAUACAAAGGUUUGAUAAAGCGUACAAACAUGUGUUUGGGAAAACGCUAAUAUGUCGCAGUAUGGAAGUUUCCACCCAGUUGGCCAGAGCGUUUAAUAUGGAUUGCAUAACUCUGGAAGGUGACCAGGUUAGUCACCGUGGUGCUCUUACUGGUGGCUAUUAUGACACCAGAAAAUCAAGGCUGGAGCUUCAAAAGGAUGCACGGAAAGCAGAGGAAGAAUUAACUGAACUGGAAGCAAAACUGAACGAAAAUCUCCGUAGAAAUAUUGAAAAGAUUAAUAAUGAGAUUGAUCAGUUGAUGAAUCAAAUGCAGCAGAUUGAAACACAACAGAGAAAGUUUAAGGCUUCACGAGACAGCAUUCUCUCAGAGAUGAAGAUGUUGAAAGAGAAGAGACAACAGUCUGAGAAAACCUUUAUGCCUAAGCAACGAAGUUUGCAAAGUCUAGAAGCAAGUUUACAUGCUAUGGAAUCGACGCGCGAGUCCCUGAAAGCUGAACUUGGCACAGAUCUGCUCUCUCAGCUUAGCCUGGAUGAUCAAAAACGAGUUGAUGCACUCAAUGAUGAAAUCCGACAGCUCCAACAGGAUAACCGGCAGCUAUUAAAUGAACGGAUUAAGUUAGAAGGUAUAAUGACCAGAUUGGAGACAUAUCUCAGUGAAAAUUUAAGGAAGCGCUUGGACCAGGUUGAGCAGGAGUUAAAUGACCUGCGAGAAACUGAGGGCAACACUGCUCUAAAUGCCACAACUUCUGAACUGGAGACCAUUAACAAGCGUGUAAGGGACACUACAGCACGUACAGAAGAACUGGAAUCUUUGAUAGAUAAAACAGAAGCAGAAACCAAGGAUCGGCUUAAAAGCAUGGACCGCUGGAAGAGCAUGGAGAAAGAUCACAUGGAAGCUAUUAACCAUGACACAAAGGAGCUGGAGAAGAUGACAAACCGGCAGGGCAUGUUGCUUAAGAAAAAGGAGGAAUGCAUGAAGAAAAUCAGAGAAUUGGGCUCUUUGCCACAGGAGGCUUUUGAAAAGUACCAAACACUGAGCCUCAAGCAGCUAUUCCGGAAAUUGGAACAGUGUAAUCAGGAGCUGAAGAAGUAUAGCCAUGUCAACAAGAAGGCCUUGGACCAGUUUGUGAAUUUCUCUGAACAGAAGGAGAAACUUAUGAAACGUCAAGAGGAGCUUGACCGUGGCCACAAGUCCAUCAUGGAGCUUAUGAAUGUACUUGAGUUGAGAAAGUAUGAAGCCAUACAGCUUACCUUCAAACAGGUAUCCAAGAAUUUCAGUGAGGUGUUCACAAAGUUGGUCCCAGGUGGUAAAGCAUCCUUGGUUAUGAAGAAAGGUGAUGUGGAAGGAAGCCAAUCGCAGGAUGAGGGAGAAGGCAGUGCAUCACAGAGCAGCGUGCCAUCUGUUGAUCAAUUCACAGGAGUUGGGAUUCGGGUGUCUUUUACGGGAAAACAAGGAGAAAUGCGAGAAAUGCAGCAGCUUUCUGGGGGUCAGAAAUCACUAGUAGCACUUGCUUUAAUCUUUGCGAUUCAGAAAUGUGACCCAGCUCCUUUUUACCUCUUUGAUGAAAUUGACCAGGCCCUGGAUGCUCAACACAGAAAAGCUGUUUCAGAUAUGAUAUCUGAACUUUCUGCACAUGCCCAGUUCAUCACCACUACAUUCAGGCCAGAAUUGCUCGAAUCCGCAGACAAGUUUUACGGAGUGAAAUUCAGGAAUAAGGUCAGCCACAUUGAUGUGAUCACAGCUGAACAAGCUAAAGACUUUGUGGAAGAUGAUACAACACAUGGAUAAAAAAAUAGCAGGACUUGGUUUCCAGUCAAUUGAACACAAGUUGUAUACUUUUUAUCUGCAGAUUUGAUUUGCACUAAUAGUGCUUGUAUCAUUACUAAACUCUAGUCACUGCAUUUUACAUGGCUACUUAAGAAUUCUAAAUUCCACCUUUGAGGAUGAGCUUAGAUAAAUUUAAUUGGACUUCAUGGCAUUUAGGAAGUGACCAGAGCAGAUUCAUAUUUGAAGAAAUUAGGCUUCUAUUAUGUCUCCUUGUUGUUGUGUUUUAUUUUAAAAGAAGUCACCUGCUUCAGAUACCUUUCUCGCAUGCAACGUUUAAGUAUGUCCAUGGUUUUGUAAAGUUCCUUGUAGUUGUUUAUACACUUUGUAUCUUCCAUUGCAAUAAAUAGCUUUUCUCUAUAUAAUUUUACCAUUUCCUUCCUGUUGUAUUUUCUUUUAAAGAGUUGCAAUAAAAUGUUAGAUGAAUA